AUGGCGACAUCGCACACGAGUCCUCGGAGAGGGUUCUCAAUUUCGUCACCCUGGGCGUGGGCCAUUGUCCUGCCCUCUAUCACACUUAUUUUCGUCGGCCUUGUCACAAUGUUCCCAUCACUGGCGGGAAUCCCGAGCCACGACAACUCAAAUGUCGAUGUGUCACCUAAAUUAUUCGAAUCGCUAAGCGGGGCCAUACUCGCACCUCUGGGUUUAUCUGCAUCGCGAGGUGCGCCCACGACAGCCUCGUUCCUUGAAUCAAUUACGGCCCGCCGUACUUGGUAUGCACUGGAUAAGACCUUACCAACCACCCAAGAGAGAAUCACGGGGAUUGUUCAGGAUGCAAUGCAAUCGGUCCCAAGCUCAUUCAAUGCACAGUCAAACAGAGCUGUUGUCCUCUUUGGUGCCGAGCACGAGAAGCUCUGGGAUAUCGUGACCGGGGUCCUAAAGACUCGAGUUUCAGAGGAUCAAUGGAUAUCGACCAGUGCGAAAACGGCUGGCUUCCGAGCUGCUGCGGGCACGGUCCUCUUCUUUGUAGACACUGAAGUUGUCCAGAAUUUUGUAGAGAACAUUCCGUCCUACGCGGACCAGUUUCCCAUCUGGGCAACGCAGUCCGAUGCAAUGCUUCAGCAUACAGUCUGGGUUGCGCUAGCCACUGAGGGCUUGGGUGGCAAUCUGCAGCAUUAUAACCCGCUUAUCGACACCAAGGUGGCUGAGGCAUGGGACCUACCGACCAAUUGGCGCUUGACCAGUCAACUUGUGUUCGGUGGGCGAAUCGGACCAACCCCUGAGCCAAAAGAGAAGAAGUCUGUGCAGGAGAAGGUUAGGGUCGUUGGAAUGGCAGGAGGCGCGUAA